AUGGAGCGCAUCCCCAGCGCGCAGCCCCCGCCCGUCUGCCUGGGCAAGCUGCCCGCCCUGGAGAGCGGCGACCUGCCGGGGCUGGACUUCGCGCACAUGUACCAAGUUUACAAGCCCAGGAGGGGGUUGAAGCGGAGCGAGGACAACAAGGAGACCUACAAGCUGCCGCACAGGCUGAUCGAGAAGAAGAGGCGCGACAGGAUUAACGAGUGCAUCGCCCAGCUGAAGGACCUGCUGCCGGAGCACCUCAAGCUGACGACUCUAGGUCACUUGGAGAAGGCUGUGGUUCUCGAGCUCACCUUGAAGCAUGUGAAAGCACUAACCAAUCUCAUUGAGCAGCAGCAGCAGAAAAUAAUUGCUUUGCAGAAUGGUUUACAAGCGGGUGACCUGUCAUCACGAAACCUUGAUUCCAGCCAGGAAAUGUUUCGAUCCGGUUUCCAGAUGUGUGCCAAGGAAAUGCUGCAGUACCUGGCAAAGCAUGAGAACGGCAAGGACCUGAAGUCGUCCCAGCUGGUCAGCCAUCUGCACCGAAUGGCCUCCGAGGUGCUGCAGGGCGGAGCCGGCCGCAAGUCCGGAGACAUCCCUCCUAAAAUGGUGGACUUGAAAGAGAAACCCGUCUCCUUGACCAAAGCAGCGGAGGGACACGGGAAAAACUGCGUGCCUGUCAUCCAGAGGACAUUCGCUCACUCCAGCGGGGAGCAGAGCGGCAGCGACACGGACACGGACAGCGGGUAUGGGGGAGAGCUGGAGAAAAGUGACUCCAAAUCCGACCAGCAGUAUUUCAAAAAGGAUACUGAACUCAAGUACGCUGUCCAGGAGAGAAUAAGCUCUAUUAAGCAAGAGACUGAGGACCCGCCGGCCAAAAGGAGCCGGCUGGAGUUGCCAGAGGAUGAGGGCCCUUUUGGCAGCGACAUGAUGGGCUCUUCCAGCAGCUUCCUGGGCCCCCACGCUCACCAGCCUCCCUUGUGCCUGCCUUUCUAUUUGAUCCCACCAUCCGCAACAGCCUAUCUGCCCAUGCUGGAGAAGUGCUGGUACCCGGCGUCCGUACCUGUCUUGUACCCCAGCCUCCCAGCUUCUGCCGCAGCACUUACGGGGUUCAUGAACCCCGAUAAAAUCUCCCCGCCUCUGCUGAUGCCCCAGAGACUCCCUUCUCCCGUACCGGCCCAUUCCCCUAUCGACUCCUCGGCUCUGCUUCAAGCUUUGAAGCAGAUUCCUCCUUUGAACUUGGAAACCAAAGACUAAGCGCAGUGUGACUUUUUUCUUUUUUUUUUUUUUUUUUUUUUUUUUUUUUUUAGUUUGAGACUGUUUCACUUUUAUAUAUUGGCUGGACUGAGGUGUGGGGAUAAGGUUCACUGCACGUAGAAAGCUAAAUCCCCUUUUCUCUGACUUGUCAGGUAGCUUGGAGAAGGAUGAAGGAUGCGCCCAGGUUAGCGAUUCAGAACUACUUCCAAAAGAAAAAAAAAAAAACAAACCAGAGGGUUUUGUGCUUUACUCCUUACCUUCGUCCCUCUCUGCAUCUACAGAACAACAGUUGACUCGGUCAGCUGCGACUAUUGCAAAGCUGUGAAAAAAUACUCCAUUAGGCAGACUUGGUUUUAGGGUCUGUGAAUAUAAAAACACGGUACUUUUCGUAAGGGCUUUUAAGGCAGCGGCCCCGCUGCUGGUGGUUUGAGCUGAACCGGCUCGGUGCCCCAUCCGCCGCCGGUGUCGUGAGUGACCGGCACGGCCGCCCCGAGCACGUGCGGCGGUGGUGGCAACGCCACUGAAAGCGGAGGAGGAGCAGAGCAGCGGUCACUGCUUGGUCAUGCACAGUCAGGUAGACUUCAGACGGGUUUCUCUCCACACCUUUGCUGAUAUAUAUAUAUUUUUUUUUUUUUUAAAAAAAGAAAUAAAAGGUAGAUGCUGCUUGGAAGCUUUACAUGGCGUACAUCUAAUAAAUAAAUUAACACGCGCCCCUUCCUGUAACUUGAGCUGCUAGUUUGGGCCGGGUAGGGGAGAAAAUAUCCCGAGGAUCACUUUGCUUGGUGCACCUGACUCCAGGCCUCUCUCGCGCUGCUGCUGUGCAGUGUCGCCGGGUCUGGUCUACUGCAAAUCAGAAUGGUUUUACGAGUCCCGUCGGUGGGGUCCGGCCGGGGAGCAGCCGCUCCCCGAGCGGGGCGAGUCAAGAGUGUCAUGCAAGAGGGAGCGAUUCAGCCGAAGCCGAUGGCACGGUGCCCGCUGAAUAUGCCUCUGUCAGUGCCUUUGCGAAAUGAAAAGGCUGGGAUUUUCAAAGGAGUCUAAUCCCGGUGGGGUUUGAGCAUCUGAAUUCCUUAGUCUCCUUGGCAAACCCUGGCCCACAUCACUGUAUUAAAGAACGAGGGUUAGGGUGUUGACACUUGUCCCGUUAAACUGCGAGGGUCUUUCUCCGCAGAGGAACAUCAUGUCCAAUUUGACUUUUUCUUUUUUCAUUAAAAAAGCCUCUGCAAAAUGCAGUGCUGGUUUUUUUUUUUUUUUUCCUCUUCUUACUGGUUUUGAGAACUCGUGUCCGGAAACCCUGUUGUAUGGAUUUUCAUUUCGCCCUCCCAUUGCACCAGCUGUUGAGAUGCACUAUGCUUGAUUGCAGAUUGUGUUCUAACGUUUAUUUUGUUGUUGGUUUUUGGUUUUUUUGGUAUACAGUUGUUGCCUUUAUUUGUAAAAUCCUGUUAUAAAUAUAUAUAUAUUAUAUAAAUAUAUUAAAAGGUAAAACGUUUCAGAUGUCUAUUAUUUGUAUAACUACUUGAGCAUAAAGAAGUGAGAAAUAUGAAUGUAUUCUUGUUUCUGGGUUGUCUUUUGUUUCUUUGAAGAGAAGAAUUUUUUUUGUUUUUCUCUAGGGAGAGGUACCGUGUUUAUAUUUGGGGGCCUUCUUCAAGGUGGGAUAUUGUACAUAUUUUUAUCUUGAGUAAAUGUUAAGUAGCUGUUUAAAAAUACUUAAUAAAAUAAUUCUUUUCCUGUG